AUGGAGGAUGGAGCGGGAGGGCAGAUCUUUGCCUUGGGUCCCAGGAUACCCGAUAUCAAGGCGCGAGACACAGCGACAAUGGGUACCGUGACGUGGGGAAUCAAAACGCCUUCGCGCAUACACGGGCGUGCCGACUCAGGAACAGAGUGCACCGGUAGCGCAAACGCUUGCGAGAAACCCGCCGCUGGGACGCCAAUGACAAUUCCCAUCGUCCUCGGAGUCACAAUUCCCGUCGUUGCCAUCUUGAGCGUCCUCAUUUACCUCCACCGGAGAGGCGUCAAGAAGCAGAGAAGGGAGGAUGCUGUUGAUCCCCACAAGUCGUUGGAUUUUGGCUUGGACGACAACAUCGGUGGCAAGGCCAAGUCGAAGCGGAGGAGCUUCCUGACGAGAGAGAAGGAUCCGCAAUCACGGUUCAACCGACAGCAAAUGUCCAUGGACAUGAAUGUGUCCAGCCCCUACCUCUUGGCUCCUGGUUUGCAGAAUUCUCGGGACUCGCUAAACUCGCUAGCCCGAACGCUUCACGCCGACGACCCGUAUCGGCCGGUAGCUCAAUAUACCGCUAGCGACGCUGGUUCGAUUCGAUCGGUGUCACGGGGUCCCGCAGAGUCCUCAAUUUAUACUCGCUCCAGCAGCCGGCAAGAGAGUCGAACGUCGCGAUCAAUGAAUCAGGCUGGCCAAUACACCGGUCCUCCUCGCCAGAAUUCUCUUCCCAGAUCCGGCGUUGCUGCGCCCGAGCCAACUCACCUGAAGCAUCAGCCAACCGUACACGAAGUAGAGGCCGACAUGCCCACCUACCCGGCAUCAGCAGACCCUGGUUUCGAUUUCGCCAUUCCGGCCGGGCUAGCUCCCCGAUCGGAGCUCGACGGAAGUCCCCGCGCGAGUUCUCCAAUCCAGGAGCCUGCUCCUGUCGCCCAGAAGGUUGCCAGGCAGCCGACGAUCUCUCCUCAGCAACCGAGCCCUGCCGAUUCCGGAGUGGAUAUGGGAUACGCUGAAAGCGCAUUCGAGAAGCACCAGUCGCAGGAAUCGAGCGUCGCCUCGGGGCCAACUCUGGCUGGUCUCGGACUUGUCGACCAUAUCGAACCUAUGCAAGCUUCCGUCCACAUGGCCACAGUUGACAGCUUGCCGGUGAGUCCCAUGCCCCAACGAGGACUGGUGACCUCGGCAAAGGCGCCAAUCAUUGAAGAACCCAUGGAGUACUACGAGUAUGAGGACUAUCCCGAGGUGGCGGAGCCGUAUGCCCCUGGAGUCUCUCAUGAGCAACCACAUGACGCGCACGAUGAAAGGGGCCGGAACAUGCAAAGGCAGUCUCAUCUCUACGGCCCGAACGCGCUCCCCAGCGGCCUGGGCGUUCCACAGCCAGACAACCGCCGCCUGUCGGUAGGCUUCCGCCCGCUUCCGCCCGACGAGAUCAUGGAGUCAGAGGACCCCGAGUACCGAGCCAACCGCAUCCGGUCCUUCUACAAGGAGUAUUUCGAAGACGGUAGGCACGAGGGCGCGCCGCCUGUGCCGCCCAUGCCACAAGCUCAGCAGAUGGCACAAUACCAGAUGCAGCAGCAGCAGCAUCAACAGUAUCAGCAGCAAGGCAUGAACUACUACGAGGAUUAUCGAGGGGACUACCAGGGAGAUUAUCACGAGGAUGCUCCUUACUACGACCCCGACACGAACGCCUUCGUCAUGCCGUACGCGCAACCCGUGGCUCGUCGCGCAAUGACGCCCCCGCCAACGGGACAGAGAUUCGCAGGCCCGCGGCCUCCACGGGCAUUCCACGGCUCCAUGGCUGGGAUGAGAAUGCCGCCUCCAGGCAUGCGAGGUCCUCAGCGGCCCGGCUCGUCGGCUUCCAAUAACAUGGGGCCACGGCCAGGAUCGUCCGUUUCCCACGGUUAUGGGCGAAGCCGGGCAGCCUCAGCCGCGUCAAACGCUCGCUCUGGCCCCCCUCGGAAACCGAUGCCCCUCCCCAUGGACCUCAACACACUCCCCACCCCGGCCAAGCUGAAGGACGACUCCUUCGCUCUCUUGAACGCAAUUGAUUUUGCGCCUCCAGAGUCCUUUGGGGGGCGCGCUCGGGGAAGGUCGCAAAGCCCGUCUGGCGAGCGUCGUCCCUACAAGCCUACCGUUCCUGCCCAUUCGCCGCUGGUGAACGCUUUCGAGGAGCUUCCAACUCUUCCCAGCCCCCAUCUUCUUCGGAAAUCAACCACGUUCACAGCUCUGGAUUUUGCGCCCCCUAGAAAGUUUGGAGACUCGUCGGAUGCACGCAGCGAGACGGGCUCGAUCCGCAGCAACCGGAGCGGCAUCUCGGCAGUCCAGCUAGGAGCCAUCCGCAGCGGCGCCGGACGAGUCAGCCGGCUGCCCGGUGACACCAUCUUCACCCAGGCGGCAAUGUCGGACAAGCUCAAGCCGCAAUGGACCAUGCGCCCCUAA